AUGGUAUGUUGUUCAAAAGAUUCAGAAACUCAAACUGAAACUGAAACUGAAAGCAAAGAAAUACAAACAGCACCAAUAACUCUUGACAAAGAAAUUCAGUUUAAUUAUCUUGUACCAACACAAGAUAAUUUGGAAGGUCUAAGUGAGUCCCAAAUAGCAGGGAAGAAGUUGUUUUUAGUUCAAGGAGACAAACCUCAACUGAUGAACUGGGAGGAGUAUGGACUGAGGAUUAGUGUACCAGAGGAUAGUCUAUCAGCAUCAGAGACUGUAGAAGUAUCAGUACUAGCUCUUGUAGGAGGACACUUCAAGUUUCCUGAUAAUACUAGACUAGUCAGUGCAGUGUAUGCAAUAUCAACCAGUCCACUCCUCAAGUCACUGAGGAUAGAAAUGCAACACUGUAUUGAUCUCAGUGAUCCUUCUUUAUCCAAGUAUCUUAAAUUUGUUGUUGCUCCAGUUCACACAGCUAGUCUUCCUUACCAGUUCUCACUAAUUGAAGGAGGGGAGUUUCCAGCAUACCAGAGAUAUGGAUGGAUUGAACGAAGCAAGUUCUGUCAAUUAGCUAUUGUUGGGAAGGAAGAAGAGGAAAAUGGAGGAGGUAGGAAUGAGGAGAGGAAUGGAGAGGAAGAUGAAGACUCAGGAGAUGAGGGAGGGAAAGGAAAGGGACAGACAACAGGAGGAGAGGGACAAGGAGCAGGAGGACAAGAAGGAGGAGCAGGUGGAGGAGUAGGGGCUGAGCAUCAGCAACCAAAAGAAGACAAACAAGUUGAGGAUAGACAAAAAGAUUUCAAAAAGCAGCCACAAGUUGCUGUUUUGACAGAAUCUGCUGAAUUAAGUUUUCAAUCUACAACUGUUGUACCUACUCAUUCAACUGGUAUUUGUGAAGCUACAAUAUAUUAUGGACAAGCGUUUUAUGAACGAGCAGAUAAAAUGAGAUUUGCAGCUGCUAAAGAUUUGAAUGCUCUUGUUCAGUUCCUUAAAAAAGAAUAUCAUAAACUAGAAAUUAGUGGGCAAGCUUUCAGUUUUCAAUUUGAUCCUCGUUUUGGAUGCCUUGAGCUAGUAUUUGGUCCUCAGGAUGAACCAAUAACUGGCUGGACUGUUAGUCCAGAAAUUGAACCUUGUCAGAUUAAAGAAAGAGAAAUGAAUAAAUUUGGUUCCGAAAUUAAUAAUACAAUUCCUCCAUCUUGUUUGGUAUCAAUUUAUGCUGACAGCAGUCGUCCUGAUACUGUUCAUGUACUGAAGUAUGCUAUACCAUUGAAAGGUUUACUGGAGCCAAUGAAAAUCAAAGUUAACAGAUCAUUAAAAGAAUUAUUAGCUCAUUCUGUUGGUACUAAGGAUGGUCCUAAUCCACAAAAUGAUAUCAAGAAGCACAUUAAUGAUCUGAAACGUUUCCUUUCAACUUCAGAAGCAAAGUUUCGUGACAUAGCUAAUGGUUGUAAGGAGGUACAAAUUAUUGAUUCUUCUCAGUAUGAUGAGUUAUUUGAUGGAAUGAAUAACCAGUCUUUAUCAAAAAGAGUAGAACUUUUUAUUGGAAAUAUUUCAUUAUUGAUUGAGCUUUGUCCUGAUUACAUUAGUACAUUCUUGUCUAUACUGAGGGAACAGGAUCAUGUUGUUCUUUCUACAUUAGCUGACAGAAUUGCUGCUUCAUUAGAUAGAUGAACAAGAUAAUGAUUACAGGAACAAUGAUAUUAAUCAUAUUACAUAUGUUUUGAUUCAGUUUUAUAUGCACUGUUUUACUUUAUGUGUUGUGU